UUUUUUUCUCUCUCUCUCUUUACGAAAGAAAAUUGACGGGAAGAAGGAAUUGAGGCUGUUUCGACCUCCGAUUUCGCUCUCCCACGCUCUCUCAAAUUGUUUUCAUAAUUGCUAUUUCAAUCGGUAUUUCUUUUCUUCUUUAACUGUUUUCUGGAUCUCUAUUCCUUUGACGUGUUUUACGCAAGAUAAUUCUGGGAAUUGAAGAUUCGUAAAGCGAUGUCGUACGCUUAUUUAUUCAAGUACAUUAUCAUCGGAGACACAGGUGUUGGGAAAUCUUGUCUUCUUCUGCAGUUCACUGACAAACGCUUUCAGCCAGUCCACGAUUUGACCAUUGGCGUUGAGUUUGGGGCUAGAAUGAUCACAAUUGAAAACAAACCAAUAAAGUUACAGAUUUGGGACACGGCGGGCCAAGAGUCAUUCAGGUCUAUCACGAGGUCUUACUACAGAGGUGCUGCUGGGGCAUUACUAGUUUAUGAUAUCACAAGGAGGGAAACUUUUAACCACCUUGCUAGUUGGUUAGAAGAUGCGAGGCAGCAUGCAAAUGCAAACAUGUCCAUAAUGCUGAUAGGAAACAAGUGUGAUCUGGCUCACAGAAGAGCUGUAAGCACAGAAGAGGGCGAGCAGUUUGCCAGGGAACAUGGCUUGAUAUUCAUGGAAGCUUCCGCCAAAACAGCUCAGAAUGUUGAAGAGGCGUUUAUAAAAACAGCCUCAACCAUCUACAAGAAAAUUCAAGAUGGGGUUUUUGAUGUAUCAAAUGAGUCUUAUGGAAUCAAAGUUGGAUAUGGUGGAGUUCCAGGACAUUCAGCAGGAAGAGAUGGAGUGGCGUCUCAAGGAGGAGCAUGCUGCAGUUGAAUGUUGGAGUCAAUUCUUUGAACAUCUGGAUCAUUUAAUUAUUGUUUAUUCUGAUUCUACAUAAGUCAUACGUGUCUUUACAACUAUUUUUUUUUUUUUUUUUUUUUUUUUUUGUUGGUAUCGUCAAAUGUGUAAAAUUAUAAAAUGCCUAUGGAAUAUGGUAUUUGUCUUUGAAUCUUGGUCAUUACCUGACUUGGUGUACAUCAGACGAGCUAUAGAACAAAUAAUACAGGGUGAAAUUCUCUGGCGUUAAAUGGUCUUUAUCUG